AUGAGAGAAACCCUUGUCCGUAUUACUGGUGGGAUGAAAGUUAAAGCUGACAGAGAUGAUUCAUUUCCAUAUGCUUUUAUGCUUGCUGCACAAGAUGUAGCUACUCGGUGCAAGGAGUCGGGAAUAACUGCUCUUCAUAUCAAGCUUUGUGCAACUGGAGGAAACAAGACAAAAACACAAUGCCCUGGUGCUCAGGCUGCUCUCCGUGCCUUAGCUCGUCCAGAAAUGAAAAUUGGUCGCAUAGAGGAUGUGACUCUAAUUCCUUCUGAUAGCACACGCCGAAAAAGUGGAAGAAAGGAGAACGAAUGA